CGCCUUUUAGACAGGAUGACGAACAAGGGACCGGUGUCCGUGUCGAGCGCAUGCCAAGUUUGAAAGACCUGUUCCGCAUGGCAGCCAAAUAUACAUAAAGUUUUGCAACUGACGCUCACGUUCAAUACUUGCAUCCCUCCCUUAAGAUCUGUGACCAGCAACCAGCAUCAGUCCUCCGUCGCCUUUGGUCCUACGCUCGAAGCUCACCACGUGAAAGAAUACCCCGUUGGCUCGGAAACCGGAGGAUGAAGUUAUUAGAUGUGAGAGCUGUCCUCGAGCGGGAAACAGACAUCCAGCAAACCGAUCCUGAACGUGAAGUUCUGAAGGAGCUUGAUGACAAAGGUACUCAUUAUGCGAUAUUAUCACAUCGCUGGGGCGCCGAAGCCGGCUAUAAAGAGAUGGUUGGGCUCAUGAAGAUGGAGGAGCGGAAGAGAGACGAAGUCAGGCGGCGCGACGGCUACCAAAAGAUCAUCAAGAGCUGUGAGCAAGCUACGAACGACGGCUACGAAUGGUUGUGGAUAGAUACCUGCUGCAUCGACAAGCGGAGCAGUUCAGAACUAUCCGAGGCCAUCAAUUCGAUGUAUCGGUGGUAUCGAAAUGCACAGGUGUGCUAUGCGUACCUCAACGACGUUGAUGGGUCGGUCUUCCCUGUCAGGCGAGAUGUCAUCAAGUUUGGCAAGUCCUUUGGCUGGCCAGAGUGGUUUGUGCGAGGCUGGACGCUACAGGAACUCAUCGCCCCAAAGCAAGUCGAGUUCUUCAACAAGGACUGGGUGUCGAUUGGCAACAAACGACGCCUUGCACCUGUGUUGCAGGAAAUCACCGGAAUUCCCACCGAAGUUUUGAGGGUCGGCCUGGAUGUGAAGCGUCUCUGUGUCGCAGAAAUUAUGUCCUGGGCAGCUAAGCGGGAGACGACACGCGUGGAGGAUCGGGCAUAUUCGCUGAUGGGGUUGUUCCGGGUUAACAUGCCCAUGUUGUAUGGAGAGGGCGAGAAAGCAUUUCAGAGGUUACAACUGGAAAUCAUCCGCACGUCCAACGAUCACAGCAUAUUUGCAUGGAAUCCAUUGAGGCCCCGGACAGGCAGUGUCCUGGCUGAUGACCCGAGCGACUUUUGGCGUUGUAGCGGAAUCGCGAAGUUGGAACCCAAUGAAUUUGCCGACAGACUGAUGAAAUACAUCGAAGAGAACAAACUCGGUAAUCCCUGGUACAUCCAGCGUAACUCCACGAAGAUCGCGACCAACCCAAUACAUUGGUGCAGACUUGCAUGGUUGAGGUGGCGCCUCCGAUCGCUCAGCCAGCCACUUCGCACAUUCGCUAUCAGCAAUGGGGGUAUCCAGGUGUGCUUGCCCGUCAUUCCCCUUUCCAACUCUCCGUUCCACUGCAGGGCUGUAUUGGCAUGCGGCUAUGGUGAGGUAGGGUUGGUCAGCAUUGAUUUGGUAUCCUCUGGAUCCAGCUUCGACAGAGCUUCAGAUGCGUUGCACCUUCCAUACAUUAAGGCGUAUCCAGAGUUCAAGACACUCUAUCUCACUCAUCACCAAGAUGCCAACGAGAUGCACCGCGGGUUUGCACUUGACGACAAGCAUGCUUCAUACCAUGGAUUCACCCGCCGCGGCACCUACCCACGCGAGUUUAGAGGCGAUUCUGUCACGCUUUCAUCUCUUAAAGACGAUCUCAUUGUUAUAGUCUAUGCCAACGAUGAUGCCAGCUCUCGCUUUGCAGUUGGCCUUGGUUAUUACCUCAGCCAAGGAUGGGUGCACGUUUUCUAUGAUGAAGACUCUCCAACUCAAGGAACGGACUGGAGAGACUUUGGCAGGCGAGCAUAUUAUCGAAUGGGCGGUGCCCGUGCUGAUCACGCUCGGAAUAUGCCCAAACAAGAGCAUGAGGACGAGCGUAGCAAUGACCACUUCAUCAAGCAUGCUCACCUUCCUAGAUCAAUCUGGGCUGCGAGGGUAGUCUGGGGGCGACGGGAGAUGGGCAACUUCAAGCUCAUGGUUGACGUUGAGCAAUGUCCUGGUUGCUGUGACGGACCACGCGGAUGGACAACUACAUCAAACGAUUGGAGUGGCCUUGAUAUGCCGGGGCCUAUGAACCCGGUUCGCCACACUUAUCGCUUGCACCUGGACGGGUGUCAAGUCCGGCUUGACAAGUGUUCUGGUCAACAGAUUGCGCUGGGUGACUACGGUGAUUAUUCCAAUGGCACUCUUAUAUGCACUGGAAAUAUAUACGAGGAUAUGCGUACACUUGGUAUCAACACCAUGGAUUUGGCUGAUUGCUCUACGGCCUCCAGCAAAUCUGACUAUGCAGUACCAAUGAUGGAGAAUGAGUAUGAUCUUACGGUGGCAUAUCAUGACGAGGGGAUGCACCUGGCGCUGCGUCGAUCGAAGGGCCUCUCACUUCCUGUCAACGAAUGUUUUGUGUUGCUACUGAAAGCCCUAUCCACCCGUGCUGCAGGCAAACAUUUGGUGAUCGCGGUCAUAAAAUGCUCAGAUUUCUGUACAUUUGAUGAUGAUGGAGAACAAAGGGACUCGGGGGGCGAACCAGCCUCAGACAGUGGGAGCCACUCUAGAGAACCACGGGUUUUGACUCCACUAUAUGCGGUCGCAAGCCCCCAAGUCUGGCGAAAAGAACCGCCUUGUCGACAGAGAAGGGAACAGUUCCAAAGUAUUCGAAAACACUUCUACGCCCUCGUGAAUAUGCACGAAAUUACAGGUCCCAGAGCCCGUCACAAGUCUGUAGUGCGUUCCAGGCGUGACAGCUGUCAAACACAAACUCACCCUUGGGAUGGCAAUAGCACAGACAGAAGAAAGAUCGUGCGAUAAAUUUCUUCUCGGACAUGUUCGGUCUCAAGUAUCUGAGAAAUUACGUGCGGAUUCAUAUUUUCACUGCCUCGUCUCGCUCACACCCACCGUUAAAUGUAGGUCGGUGAAAUUACAUUCUUCGAACGGUUCCCCUGGGCGAUUGAAACCGAUUCACUCAGCGAGGUUUCUGUAGGCACCGCAGAAGAAGACGAAUUACUAGCAAGCGCACCAAGAUUGUCGUGCACUGAUUGGGCAAUGACGUGUAAUCUAUUUGUGGGCAGCC